GGUGAAUAUAUACUUAUAAAUACAUGUGUCGUUUUCUGCAAUUGAAGUCGAAGUCGAAGUCAGAGUCAGAGAGAUAUUAAUCAUAAAAAACGAAAAGGAAAAAAAGAAGUGAAAAAGAGAGAGGAAGCAUGGGAAGAGGGAAGGUAGUUCUGGAGAGAAUACAGAACAAAAUAAAUCGACAAGUAACAUUCUCAAAACGAAGGAGUGGUUUGUUGAAGAAAGCUUUCGAACUUUCUGUUCUAUGCGAUGCUGAAGUUGCUCUUAUCAUCUUCUCUAGCCUUGGCAAGCUUUUUCAAUACAGUACCACUGACUUGAACAAAAUCAUUGAAAAGUAUCGUCAAUGUUGUUUCGACAAUAUGUCUGAGAAUGGCGACUUAGGAGAACAUCAGUCACAGAGCUUAUACCAGGAACUUUUGAUGCUAAGAGUCAAGCAUGAAUCUCUUGCACAGACACAAAGGAACUUUUUGGGAGAAGAACUCCAUGCCCUUAGCAUGAAAGAUUUGCAGAGUCUAGAGAAACAACUCGAAAGAACGCUUGCACAAGCUCGAAAGCAACAAGUGCAAAAGUUGAUGGCACGAGUAGAUGAGUUACGCAAUGAGGUGCACAAGGGGGAGGAGGUUACCAAACAAUUAAAAUCCAAGGAAAUAGGUAUAAGCACCAAGUUUUGUGAAGAUUCUACUAAUUCCAACAUCUCCAUUAACAACCAUAUCAUUACAAGUUUGCAUGAUGCACAAGCAGAUCCGUUUGAACAUGGCACAACAGGACAUUUUGAUUGCAGCCGGUUUGGACACCAAGAAGCUGCAGCUUCAGAAGAACAAGCAACAGAUAGAAGGAUGAACAGAGGCCAAAGCAGUCGCAACAAGAACAAUGAAUAUGAAUGGAUGAAUUGAAUUUUCAUAUGUGUUGAUUCGUCAAAUAUAUGUCUAAAAAAACUCACUGAUUAGAGCUUAAUUGGUUUAACUUAUAAUAGAGAAAUAGUUUUUUCUUCCAGCAUGACAAUGUGGCUUCAAAUUCAAUUACAUUAUGUAUGUAUAUGAAGCUAACCUCUGUUUCUAUUAGCAAAAUGACAACCAUGAAAAGUAAAUAAAAUCUUCUUAUCAGUCUA